GCAAUUUGCAACAUACGCAUCAUCAGCACACACACACACACACACAAACAAACACACACACCCACCAACCAACACGAGCACCACUGCAAGAAGCACACCCUGCCACCGCCACCGCCACCACCCCCCAGCAGCGUCGCUCACACGCACAUCACCCCACCGCCUGCGUGUGCGUGAGGCCUACACCAGUGACGCGGUGUGCAUUGGUGUCACGUGUGGUGUAUGUGUGGAUGCGGGCGCAGCGCUUUGGGGAAUGGACCGGCGAAGCAAGUCCCAGCAGGGCCACGUCCUGUACAUGGGCUUGAUGAUGAAACGGGGAGGCCUGCGCAAGAACUGGAACCUGCGGUGGUUUGAGAUCACCAAGACACACUUAAUCUACUUCAAGUUUGCCAAGGACACCUCGGACACAGACUACUCGGCCAAAGUCAAGGGCGUCAUCAAGCUGAGCGAGUGCCUCAACGUCUACCGUGGCAAGGAGAGCAUUGCCCGCAACACGGGAGUCUCCGUGCAUUGGCCAGACAGCAGGUACCCGCCUUCCCGCGACAGCAAGUCCACGCUCGCGCUCAAGACAAAACGGCGAACCUACUACAUGGUCGCCCAGACCCGUGACGCAGCAAAGCAGUGGGAGUCCAUCUUACGGCAGUCGUGCUCCGAGUUUAAACCCUCUUUUUCCAGCGGCUCCGUCAAAGCGCAAUCAUCGUUCCUGCGCGACACAUCCAAGCCAUAUGACCGGCGCAUGACCAUGUCCAAAAUGGGUGUGCAGGAAACGCUGAUGGCACUCGAUGAGGAGACCACCGAGGGCGCGCACAACGCAACAAACGAUGGCGAGCGCCCCGCUGAGAGCGACACGACUGGUGGUGAGGAGGAGGAUGAGAUGGAGUUUCUCGAUGCAGACUCCAUGGACGAAGAUGACGACGACACGCAGCGGCGCUGGCAAUGAUGUUGCACAGCACCCGUGCCUGCAGGCAACGUGUGGGCGUGCAGGCGCGUGUACGUGCUCGUGUGCACGUGCAUUUCCUUGCAUCCACGCCUUCCUCCUUGAUUUAAAUGCCCUCUUGUCUUGUGUCCCAUCUUCCCUUGUGCACUAUUUUAGGUUACCGUCGCUUUUGAUCGAAUGACUAUGACUUGCUUGCUUUUGCUUUGAGUUAAAACUGGUGUGUGUGUGUGUGUGUGUGUGUGUGUGUGUGAGAGAGAGAGAGUG